GCGCCAUGGCAGAACAUCGUAAACUCCCAUAUCUAUUACCUCUUCCAUGCAUGAAUUGAUUAGUACAGAUCACGGGGAAACAGGCCAAAACCGGGGGAAACCGAACGCGGUGCACUACCCACUGUCAGUGGAAACAUGAAACUUUGAACAAUGACGGCACUCUGUACCCAUGAUCUGUGCUGUUUGACAUGCAUGGCAGAUAUAUCUGAAAGGAUCCAGACUUCAGCCUCGGCAAGCAAACUAUUGCCAUGGAGUGGGACAGUCGUGUUUUGAGAAUUAGGAUCAGCGGAGUGCAAGUGAUGUUCAACCGCAGAGCUACCACUGACAUAUAUAUAAUCACCUUGUGGAAAGAACAAGCCUUGUUUUUUUAUUUCCUCAUUUUACAUAAAUGGACCAGUAUUUGCGAAUUGCGUCCAUCUCCAUCGCAUUGUACGAUUAUGUGAUCACACUCCCCGCAGAAUGGCGGUUUUACAGAAGCCAAUCCUCAAUCUUUCAUCUCAAUAUUUCCUGCAUCUUAUUCAUCCUCAUACGCUACGUCAGUAUCGUAGUUAUACUAGUCAGCAAUUACGGAGCCUUCUCCACCAGCUUCACCCAAGAAACGUGUCAACAUUACUAUAUUUUGGCGCCUAUCUUCAAAGUUUUACAAGCCAUGGUAUCGCAGGUCAUCCUUGGUUUCAGGACAUUCAAUAUCGCAAAGAGAGAUAGGAGGAUAGGAAGCGCACUGUUGCUGCUAUACCUCUUCUCGAUUUCGGUGGAAUGCUUCACCGAUGUAUAUCACCGGAUCCCCGUCGUUGUCGAUCACAGCUGCACCCCGGUAGAUUAUGGAAAGACAAUGACUGCCUGGGUCUACUACCUCGUUGUCAUGUUGUAUGACCUCGUGAUGUUGACGAUGUCCACUACGUAUGUUCUGCGUUAUAAUCCUCUCAGCAGCAGGCUAGAACGAGUGGUACGGGCCCUGAUGUAUGAUGGUAUUGGGUAUUUCGUUGUGCUGACAGGGUCGAACAUAUUGAACGUUGUGUUGUAUCGCGAGUCAGAUGUCCAAGCUCAGUCUGCAGGGGCAUCAAUAGGUUAUGCUGUAACGUGGAUCAUGAGCCAACAAAUUCUCAUCCAUCAACAAGAAAUGCAACAGGCCCCGCGUAUGGAAAGUUUGGUCAUCGCGCGUCCUGCACAAAGUGCGAGGAGCGGGAUGUUUAGUUUCCGCUCCCGGUUCGACCCAAAACGCGAUGCCGACUUCGUAGCGUCGCCGCGUAAUGCGCGUGUCAAUGACGAGGUCGACACACAAGAGCGUUCGGUGGUCGCAGACUACUUGGAUAAAUCCGAGCAUUUGAAUCCUCGGAAUGAAUUCGGGGGCGUCGCCUAAUAGCGCCUAAUACCUAUCGAGUGAUACCAGGUGAUGCCGCUAUUUAUAUUUACUGUGUCUGCAGUGCUGUACAUGUGUAAUUUUGAUGAUUGUGAUUGUCCAUGUAGGUCCAUCUUGGCAUCCAACCUUUGACAGUUCUUUGACAGUGGCCCAGUAUUGAUUAAUUAUAUAGGCUACGUACGUACGUGUACUAUAGCUAUGCUCUUGCAUGGGAACUGCGAUAUAGUUUGAAACAGUUUGAGCGGUG